AAUCAGCUGCUCGCUUGACCCGGGUGAUGGCGGGCGAGGGCGGGGCAGGAGGGGGCCAGGCCGGACCUCCUGCAGGAGGAGGAGGAGGACCCAAGAUGGACGUGGUCUAUGUGACGGAGAGAAUCAUCUCCCUGGCCUUCCCUCCCUCCCUCGACGACGCCACCUACACCCUCCACCUGAGGGAGGUCGCCCAUAUGCUCUCAUCUAAGCACGGAGAUAAUUUCAAGGUGUUUAACCUUUCCGGCCAGGGGGAGGUGAGCCAUUUCCUACCGCGGGUGUUGGAGUUAGGCUGGGCAGACCAGCUGGCUCCGGCUCUUGAGAGGCUCUGCUCCAUCUGCAAGGCUCUUGACUCCUGGAUUACCCAGCAUCCCCAGCACGUCGCUGUCCUCCAUGCUAGAGGCGGCUACGAGAAGCUGGGGGUGGUGGUCGCAGCCUACAUGCACUACAGUAAUAUUUGCGCCUCCACUGACCAGGCGCUCGAUAGAUACGCCAUGAAACGCUUUUUCGAUGAUAAAAUUGGUCAGCUGUAUCAUCCGUCUCAGAAGAGAUACGUACAGUAUUUCGCUGGGCUGCUCUCAGGAGUGAUCCGCAUCAACUCUAGUCCUUUGUACCUCCACACACUCACCUUGUUUGGCAUCCCUCACUUUGAACCCAGAGGAGGCUGCCAUCUUUUUAUCAAAAUAUACCAAGGGAUGACUCCCAUCUACACAUCAGGAAUAUAUAACCUCGCAGACACGAUGAGACAAGUCACCAUCGUGUUUGAAACGGGUGUACAACUUAGGGGGGAUAUCCUACUCAAAGCCUACCACAGAAGACUCAUUCCAGCCUCUAGAGAAGUCAUCUUUAGAAUGCAGUUCCACACUUGUGCAGUUUCAGAAAAAAUUCUUGCAUUUGCAAGAAAUGAUCUGGAUGAUGCAUGUAAUGACAUGCGGUUCCCACUUGAUGGAAGUGUGGAGCUAUAUUUCACUCAUUCUCCGGACGAACGACCACGAACAGUUUCAAAUGUUUCCUGUGACAAGUCUCCUUGUGCUAUUGCAUCGUGGAACUCUUACGAAAACAUCGACUUCACUUUUGAGCAGAUGGAUGACCCAGGUAAGUACAUUGUUUCAUACACUAGGGACUUAAAUAUAAUAACAACACUGUUAAGAGUUGUCAUUGCUUCUUAUUCUCUCUCUUGUAGCAAGGAUACCUAGAAUGUACCUUUAUUU